AUGUUGUGCUGCUUUGAUGUGUCAUCGUGCUCUCAGAUAGUCAGUCUUCCUCAAAAUAAGGUCUAUCUGUCAUACAUCUUGAAGUCGUAGUUGCUGAAAACCAUAUUUCCUGUGGAAUUACUCCCCCCUUGAAUCAUUUCUCCCUCGAAGUACCUGAGAAAAGGAAGACUGUGGCAAGGAGGAGGUUCUGCAUACGCUUCUCCGAAAUGCCAGAGACUUCUGAUGAGUACAUGAAAUUUGGACAACAAAAAGUCGAACGCCAACUUGAUAGCAUCAAACAGAUGGAAGAGCCACCCAUGUCUGUGUCAGGAAGUCAGGCAAGUCCAGAGUGCCGGCUCAAAUUUGGAUCUAAAACUUGCUGGAGCAGUAUGGAAGGCAUUAGACAGAAGCAGCAGAGACCAUCAGUUCUGCGUCACGUUUCUCCAGUCGCUUACAGGCAACGACGUGAAAGCAGUGCAGCAGUCUCCAUUUGCAAGGAAGAGGUGGAUGCAUGCCAUAUUCUUCAGGAACCUUCACCUCACAUGGGCUCUUCUCCCACAUCGAGCCAUCAUUUCCUCUCCUUGAGGAGGGGAGACAUUCAAAAGCAGACCUCUCUUGAGGCCCGGCUUCAUGACGGCAUCCCACAGGGGACCAGUGUUCUGCUCAUGAGUGGGCUCUGCCGAUGGCCUGGCUGUGAAGCAGUAUUUGAAGACUUCUCUAGUUUCUUGAAGCAUCUUCAUUCUGAACACGGACAUGGUGACAGAAGUAUUGCUCAAUGGAGGGUCCAGCAGGAUAUUGUUCAGUACAUGGAAAGUCAGCUCAUUCUGGAAAAACAGAAACUCAUUGCAAUGCAACUUCAUCUCUCAGAGGACAAAUACUCUGACUCGAAGGCAGCUUCUGAGUGGCAAUACAGCCUUCCUCUGUUCCUGCCGCAGCCUCAGGUUACCAGUGGAGACAGAGUGCAACAGUGGGCCACCAAACAUCUGGAAGAGCUGGUCCAGCAUGGCAACAGACCUACUGCUUCUGAUCAUCUCCUCCCAGAUUUGGUUCCCAGUAUUGAGUGUUACAAAUACAACAACAUCAGGCCUCCUUACACCUAUGCAUACUUGAUAAGAUGGUCUAUCCUGGAGUCUCCAGACAAACAACGUACUCUGAAUGAGAUUUACAACUGGUUCACUACCAUGUUCUUCUACUUCAGACAUAAUACUGCCACCUGGAAGAAUGCAGUACGUCACAACCUCAGCCUUCACAAGUGUUUUGUGCGAGUGGAGGGAGGAAAGGGAGCUGUGUGGACAGUCGAUGAAAUGGAGUACCAAAGGAGGAAGGGUCAGAAGUAUCAGCGGUAUAAAAAUCUUCAACACGAACACACAGGAGAGCAGAAGUGUACAAUAGGAAGCAAAUUAACAAACUCUUGAUAACUUUCUGUUAUCUUGUUUCAUUUACCCCAACAUCAGCAAUCAGGCUAUGUGGUCAGCUUUGUAACUCAACCCAUUGUUUAACAGUGUAGAGACAUGGUAAAGAGAAAGGACAGCCUGAACACAUCAGGACAUAAUAACAAUCAGGGGGUCAUUAGCAGUUCUUCAAAUGAUAAUUACAACUGCAGAUGAAGAACACAUGACAUGUUACACCAUGUAAUUAUAUAGAUACAUAUAUAUAUAUAUAUUAAAAAAACUAAGCCAAAAUCCAGAAGCAGCGUAUAAAAAACUAAGUAGCAGCCAUGUGCUGCUAAUCAAAUCCAUUUCAUUAAUGAAUCAUCUGUAAGUGUGAACACAUAUAUAAAAGAAGAGGAUAGGAAGGUUUGCAGUGCAGGUCUGGAGAUUUCAUCUGUGUCCUAGAACAUUACGAGUGAUCCUAAAAAAACAAUUCUUGUUGCCCUUUUAUCUGGCAAGAGUUAAAAGGCCAAUUUCAAAUAUUUUACACUGAUUAUUCACAAGUAGAAAACAUUCAGUACUGCUGCAAACUUUCCCUAGGAGUAGAUAUCCCAUCACGCAAGUUUGGUCUACUACACAAGUUACUAUACCAAUGUGUGGAUAUUUCCCAUUCCAUUCGCUUCCGCUUAUCCUUUUUCAGGGUCGCGGGGGG